AAAAAAAGAAAUAGUAACAAAGAAAAUCUUUACGAUUUCAUAUCAAAUUCGUAACGGUUGAACUCUAUUGAAAUAUCCAGCCAGCAGCUACCCCUACUUGAAGCAAUCAACGUUCAUCAAUUUAUCCAAGCACAAUGGUUUCCAGAAGAAAAAUACUCUCCCGUUCUAGAGAUGAUCUUAAUUUGGAUCAGACAUUUAGUCCACAAGAAGAGGAAGAAGAUGUUUGGUAUCAAAAAGAUAAAUUAUACAAAGAACACAUUCAAGAAGUUCUGGACAAAUGGACCCAAAUCGACGAUGAAAUUUGGGCUAAAGUAAUUGUCUUUGAACGUAAUCGUCGCGUGGCCAAAGCCUAUGCCAGAGCACCCGUCCUAACAAUAAAUGGCUCCGAUGAUGGUUUCGAUGGCAUGCGAAUCGGUUUAUGUGGCUUCGAUAAUCCAAUGCGUGAUCAAAAAACAGAAGAAUUUAAAAAACACAUUGGCCAGGGUGUCAAAAUCAAAAUGGACGAUGCUGGAAAUAUUUUAAUACGACGUUAUGCCAAAAGUAAUGUUUACAUCAAAAGUACGGCUAGCAGCCAAAAUGAGGAGACCUCCAUAGGUGCCGAUAUCUUGAAAUUACCCAAUCAGGCAUUGGAAAGUGAAAAAAUAGUCAAAUUGUUUGAUAUGAAAAAAUUUCAAUCAAAUGUGAAUCGUGAACUGAGACGGGCCUAUCCUGAUCGCCGACGUUUAGAGACUCAAUGUCUGUCAGCGGUGGCUUUUGUCAAGUCGGAGAGUGACAUACUGGAAUGCCCCAUAUGGGUACUGAUUGUAAAUGUCGUCGCAAUGGAUAUGCUCAAAAGUAAAUUGCCACCAGUUCAAAGACCCUUGGUCGAUAUCAAAAAUCGUCCCAGAAUACCCAUACCCGAUGAGGAUCCCUACAGCGUCGCUGGCAAUGGCAGUGGCGGCAGUUCGGGUAGCUCUGGCUUUGGUGCUAGUGGCAUGGGCAACAACAGCCUGAUGUCCGGUCAUAGUGCCCAAAUGCAAUUGCAACAUCAGCAACAACAACAACAUCAACUACAGCAACAACAAUCGAUAAUAAGCAACAAUAGCAAUGGCAGCAGUGUUGGUGGUGGUGGCGGCGGCGGCGGCGGUGUGCCCAAUUCAAAUCAUCUCUUGAAUAAUGGCAGUGUUCUGGGAGGCGGCAUGAAUGGCCAUACUGCCGCCACCCGAGAACAAUUGCUAAUGCAAACGCAACAAUUGGCUCAUAAACGCAGUGAAAAGCCGCCGAAAUUGCCACCCAGAGAUAAUAUAUAUGGGACACAUGAGAUUCCUAAGCCUGACUAUGAUGACAUCGAAGUGGAUACACGUAUUAAAUUGUCACGCGGCAAAUCGGAUAAAGGCAAAGACAAUAAGAAAUAUGAUGAUCCCUACUAUUGCGGCUUGCGUGCUCGAGUUCCCAAUUUUGUGAAAACCUCAUCGAAAUCGUCCAAAGACCAUCAUGCGGUUCACAGCAAUGGCGUAGCGGCUCAAAAUGGCAUGAACACAUUGACAAACCAAAAGAAGACUUCCAUUAUGAUGCCCAUGCAUCCGGCGAUGCAUGCUCCCGCACCGCCCCAUAUGCAUCCACAUCAUAUACAGCAACAGCAAAUGAUGGCCGUUGCUGCAGCACAUGCUGUAGCCCAUCAACAACAACAACAACAACAACAGCACCAACAUCCUAUGCAUCAUCAUUCACAUGCGCAUGCGCAACAAAUGUGGCAAACACGCAGUUUUGAGAGUGGCAUAGAUUCUGAUCAUGUUGACUCUCCCUACAAUCACAUAUAUGGACGUUUGCCCUUGCCUACACGGGGUUAUAUACCAACACCACGCAGUUUGUAUAUCGGUGAAUGGGAUUGACAACAAGCGGUGUAAGAAAUCUGAAAUUAUUAUCAUCCUCAAUAUCCUUAACAAACGCAACCAACGCAACAGCAACCAGACAGGACAAGCAAGGAUAUAAGGCAAGGUUGAGUGCCCCAAGUUAAGUUAAGUUUUAUUUCUUUUUUUUUCGAGAGUGUAGCUUUUAAGUUUUAUUUUUAUUUUUUCUUAAUUUCUUUAUAAACCUAAAUGAUUUAGUUUAGUUUAAUUUUAUUUUUAAUUUUGAAAUUUUGAAAUGGAUUUUGAAUGAUUUUUAAAAUUCCUUCUUUGCCCUAAGGAAUAGAGAUUAUGUUUGGUUUUUUUUUUUUUUUUCUUAUAUUUCAAGAAAUAUUUGAAAUGAAAAACCAAACCACUUAUUGAAGGAAGGAUUAAAAUAAUAAAACAAAAAAAAACCUUAUUUUUAAUAAAAUCUAAGUUGUGGGAUUCUAAAGGACCCUCUAUCCUUUUCAUUUUGUUUUGUCGUUUCUUUAAUGUAACACGCCAUUAUUAUUAUUUUGUCUUAUCAUAAAAACAAAAACAAGAAUAAAAUGCAAUCAUUCAUUAACUCAAUGUAUAAAAUAUCAUUAAAUCAACUGAAACUAUAAUAUGAAUCUAAUAUAAUAUGACUUUAUUUUGUAUUUGCAUUUAGUUAUUAAGAGCUGAACGAAAACAAGAACAAAAUGUUUCAAACUCUUGAGGAGCAACAACAUUUUGUGUUUUUUUUAUGUUAUUAAGAGAGUCAAUCUAUUCAAAUAUAAAUUCAAAAAUUUCCUAUUCCCAUUAUUCUUAAAAAAAAAAAAAAAUUCAUUCAUUUCUUCACUGCUUUGUGUCUUUCGUGUCCUCUGGACAUAAAUUUGUUGAAAUUUUCAAAGCAGUAAUUUUGAAUAUUUUAUUUUGGGAUUUAAGGUAUUUUGAAUUUUUAAACUAAAAACACUAUGCAACAUGAAUUGAGAAGAAAGAUUUAGAUUAGAUUUUUAGAUUUUUUUUUUUAUCUCAUGGACCCCAAUUUUUUUUCCUUUUGAAUGGAAUAAAAAUGAAAAAGAAAACAAUAUCCCCCAACACGCUGUCCAAAGUUGGCUGUAGUGCUUCCUAAGGAUUUCAAUUGAGUAAUUUAGGUCCUACCAUGGCAUUGGUAAACUAAGUACACAUUUAUAUGGAAUAUAUAGUAAUGCUUAUAUAUGGGUUGCCCAAAAAGUAAUUGCGGAUUUUUUAAAAGAAAGUAAAUACGUUUUUAAUAAAACUUAGUAUGAACUUUAAUCAAAUAUACUUUUUUUACACUUUUUUUCUAAAGCAAGCUUAAAGUAACAGCUGAUAACUGACAGAAAAAAAAUGCAAUUACUGAGUCACAAGCUGUGAAAAAUUUUGUCAACGCCGACUAUAUGAAAAAUCCGCAAUUACUUUUUGGGCAACCCAUAAUUAGGGUUUUUAUUGGGUAAAUACCCAAUAAAUACCUUUUUUGGGUAUUUAUACAUUUUCCCAUAUUUUGGUAAUUGAAGUCAUUUUCCAAACAAUUUUUGAUGAUUUCGUAUUCUUGGUAUAUAA